AUGCCACUCCGAACUGAGCGCAGUCGAUCUGAGGCGCCGUCCUCCUCAGCCAGCCGCACGCUUCCGGGUAGUCGGCGAUUACGUCGUCGCGCUGGUAACUUUUCAUUGCGAGUUUCCAUCCGGGCUAUACCGCUCGUUGCAGCGAGCUCUGCGGAAUGCCGCGGCACAAGCGAGUACUCAGAGUCAUUCGCAGCCAACGGCACCGACAUCAGACUUCCUGACAUGGAGUGCUACUUGGGUCAAGGUUCGAUGACGAUUGAGUGCGAAGUGGAUGGCCCAUUCGUGAUCACACCUCGGCGUCCAACUGAUACCAGCCACAGUGCGAUAUCAUCAGAUGCAGGAUCUCUGGUGCCUGCCUUGAUCAGCCGUCCUAACCAUUAUCCCUCCAACAGAUCGAGUUUUUCAGCUCCAGAGUCUUCGCGAGGCCGUCGGCAGUUUGCGGAGAGUCCUAUCCUUGGUGGGGGAGCGUCCCAUCGACAAUUUGAAUUCCACGGCGAGCCAUCCUUACCAUUACUCCGCUCGCGACGGGUGGAAAUGUUUUACCGGGAUAGCGUUGCUCCAGUCCCCUUGAUGCCGGUGUUUUCGGAAGUCAGCAGCGUUUCCAGCAGUUCUCAGCGACUCCCUUCAUCCCCGAUAAACCCCCCUCCUCAGUACUCUGAAUUAGUUCACCUUGCCGGGAAUGGAAGUUGGACCUCUAGCCUGGAAGAGCAGCAGGCGCUGGAGGCUGCUGCAGAUGACCUUUCUGACAUCUGGGAUUAUAGUACCUAA